AUGCACUGCAGUAUCCAAAUGGGUACACCACAAAAACAAAACUUUAAAGAUGGGCAUACGGUAUCCGACAAAAAACGUAGCCUUUUUUUAACAGAAUAUGUGCCCAAGCGCGGCAACAGAUAUCGCAAGAAUGACGAUGGCACGUCAGUUGCCUUAGGAAGGGAGUCGAUUCUUGCAUAUGUGAAAGCUAUAUCCGACAUUUCUAAUACACAAAACGCGCUUGGGUUGAACACAAACGGUGUAGUUAGAGGUCCAUUAGCGCGGAAUUUUCUGGAUACUUUGGGUAAAGAUAAAAAGAAAGUCAAACGCAGAAAAAUGUACUUUGAAGAGUGA